GAUUUUGAAAAUUUAUUUGACUUGUAGACUGAAUUGACUGAAAACGACUGUGCUACCAGUUCUGAGAAAAAUGCCGCUUAAAAGAGUCAAGGAUACUGCCUUAGAAUUUAGAGCAAACGAAACAAUUCGUGAAAUUGAACUUGUAGAAGAUGUUUGUCACCCCAACCAAAUUGAUUCUGAAAUUGACGAAAUUAUGGAUGACUUUCUAGACGAUGUCAUGGUCAUUUAUUUUUGCCGCCGGGGAAUUGGCCUUAAAGUGCCCAAACCCAUUAAAUGGCGGUACAAUAUCCUAAGUUCAUUUAAUGACGAACAUUUUUAUCAAAUGCUGCGCGUUUCACGAAAUCAAUUUGCGAAAUUGGUUUACUUGAUAAAAGGGGACAAAGUAUUCGCGAGAUAUUCAGCUUCUCAUAGGCAAAUGCCAAUAGAGUUACAGCUUGCAAUUGUGCUGUUUCGUCUCGGAUCAUCCGGAGGCAACGCCUCAGUGCGAAAAAUAGGUGAAAUCUUUGGAGUUGGUAAUGGUGGAACCGUGGUGAAGAUAACUGAAAGGAUGUUCACAGCAAUUUUGCGUUUGAUGCCACAGUAUAUAUAUUGGCCUGAUGUUGUCGAGCGUCAACAACUUGUAGAGCGCACGUUUCAAGAGUUACCACACUGCGUCGGAUACAUCGGUACCAGUGAAAUAAAGCUAUUUGAGAAACCAAUCGAAAACCAUAAAGUUUAUUUAUCUCGCCAACGCAUCUAUUCUGUGAAGCUACAAAUUAUUUGUGACCAUAAAUUACGCAUUAGAGACACCGUUGCUGGAAGUCCGGGAAGCUACCCCGACUAUAAAAUUUUUAUAAAUUGUCCAAUUGGCAUAAGCACUGAGACCUAUUUGUCGGGAGAACAAUGGGUUGCAGGGGACUCUGCCUACCCACCGUCAAGCUUUUUGGUUACCCCAUUUCCCAACGAUUCACAGAAAAUGAGUCCAAACAAGCUAAGAUUCAAUCAUAGACACAGCCAGUACCGCGCCAGAGUUCAGAACUGCUUUGAGCUCCUAAAGGAGAAGUUUUCUAGUCUUAAGGAAAUACGGCUUCGAUUAAAAGACAAGAAAAGUGCAAAAUUUCUAUGUGAGUGGAUUCUUGUGUGCUGCGUUCUUCACAAUAUUUUAUUAGAAGAUUAUGACCCUCAAAAUCUUGAUAAAGAAUUAAAUACGAACUGCACUAAACGCACUGAGACUGAAUCCUGUAAAUUCUAUUCUUUAGCAUCUGAAAGCAAGCGUGAAUUUCUUUGUAAACAAAUGUUUGCAUAAAAUAUAUUAACACUAUACACACAGCAGACGUUACAACGUUGCAACGCGUUGGUUUAAAUUAAGAUCUCAAACAUGUUAUAUAUGUUAUGUGUAAAACUAAAAUAAUAAACAAUUACGAAGAUA